AAUGCAUCCUGACUGGUCAAUACAGCUGGACCAUGGUGAAUUUUUUUAUUUUUUUGCUGAUUAUAGAGUCAGGGAUGUACACAGUGACAUUUUUUCUUAAUAUUUUUUUUAAUCUUAGUGAUAACUAUCAUUAUGUAAAGACAGUUUAGCCAGUGUAUUCAUUAAAAAAAAUUAUUUACAGCAGCUUUAAUCCCCUCCCCCACUCACUCACAGCUUUCCUCAUUCUGUUUGCGAGGGAUUAAGGAUAGAGAGGGAUUACAUUCUGUCCUGACACAACUCUCGGGUCGGGUUAUGGUCUGAACUCUGCUCCUGACUGGAAAAGGACACUAACAAGAAGAGGACAUAGAGAGAGAAAAAGUGGUGGAUGUGAAAUCAUCCAGACUUCAGAUCUCUGGACAAUGAAACCAGCAAUGGAGAACAGAGCCAAAGUGGAUCUACUCAAUGUAAAAGACGAGGAUCUUGUGCAGAUCUUGUCUCACGUGCUCAAAGAAGUGAAGGACUCCACUGGCAGGGACAUAAAUGGGACUGAAUUGCUGCACAGUCUCCUGAACACUCCAUGGCUGCAGUCUUUACUGAAGGUUUAUGAGUGUCUGCAGCAAUAUCUGAGGACCUUGGCUACCCCGUAUCUCUCCUACGCCUCUGGGCUCUCGCUUGAGAUUCUGUCAGAUUUGAGAGCUCUGCCGUAUCCAUCCUAUGAAGCCAGAGAACUUUACUGCCUUCUCAUGGAGCCCCACAUGCAGGCUCUGCUCUCAGCCCAUGAUGUCGUGGGACUGAAGGACUACGAGCCUGUAUUGCCUGCACUGCCUGAAGACCUGGUCAACAAUGAGGAGGCCAUGAGGAUCGUCUGCAUGGUCAAGAACAACCAACCUCUGGGAGCGACUAUACGGAGAGAUGAAAUGACAGGAGAGAUCUACGUGGCUCGAGUUAUUCAUGGAGGAUUGGCUGACCGCAGUGGUCUUUUGCAUGCCGGAGACAGACUCGUGGAGGUGAACGGACAUCCUGUGUUUGGACUGGAACCAGAGCAGAUAAUAAAAAUACUGGCUCACUCACACGGGACCGUUAUGUUUAAAGUAGUCCCGAUUACUGACAGACCCGUCAACAACAAGACCACGCUGUUUGUGCGAGCCAUGGUGGACUACAACCCCCACCAGGACCCUGGCAUCCCGUGUGUGGAUGCUGGCAUGGCCUUCAGGAAGGGCAACCUGCUGGAGAUAGUGGACCAGACAGACGCCCUCUGGUGGCAGGCAAAGAAACUGCCAUGUAGCUUGACUUGCGCUGGCCUUGUCCCCUCCGCCUGCAUGCUCAAGAGGAAGCUGAAAGAUUUCUGGUGGUCGCAGCCCCACACCUGCAACAAAGUCUUGAGCACAGUGGAUGAAGAGGAUGACAUGAUGGCAAUAGAUGUGUCUGUUGUAGAAACGGAUGAGGAAGCUUUUGAAUCUGAGGAACUAAAGGAGGAUGAGAGCGAGUUUAGUGCUAGCGUUGAUGGCAUCUAUCUCGCUGGGUUCCGGAGGAGUCUGCGUGUGUGUCGUCGGCAUAGGGUUCAAGGUGGAGGUUUAGGCCUGAACCGCUCCCCAUGCUGCUCCAGCUCCAGCUCCCUUGUCAGCCCGUAUGAGGAGGUGGUACGGUACCAGCGCCACCCAGAGGACAGACACCGCCUCAUUGCCCUGCUGGGUCCGUCUGGAGUCGGUGUGAACGAGUUACGCAGGAAACUGAUCGAGAUCAACCCGAGGACCUUCCAGGGAGCCACACCACACACGACGAGGCCACGGAAAUGGUACGAGGAACCUGGACGGGAGUAUCACUACAUCACUAGGGAUCAGUUCGAGAGCAUGGUGUACAACAACAGGUUUGUGGAAUACGGGGAGUUCAGGGGUCACCUCUACGGCACUAGCGUGGACGCAAUUAAGGACGUUCUGGCUGCUGGAAAGAUCUGCACCAUUGAUAUUGAUCCAUAUGCCAUUGCGUCAGUACGGACUCAUGAGCUGAAAGCGUACAUCAUCUAUAUAAAACCUCCUCCUUUAGCCCAAAUGAAACGAACACGGCUCAAAGCCCAGGUGACUAAUUACUGCACCAGUCGACCGUUUAGGGAUGAGGACUUUCAUGAGAUCGAGGAGGCAGCUUGCAGGAUGGAGCAGCAUUACGGUCAGUUUUUUGAUCACGUGAUCAUAAACGACGGCCUGCAGGCGGCCUGCGUGCGGCUGAUGACGGCGGUGAGGAGAGCUCAGGACGAGCCGCAAUGGGUUCCUGCCUCAUGGAUCAGACCGCCUGAGCAAAUCUGAAUGUGAACAUGAUGUUUAGGGCUCAGUUUAAGGGGUUUUGCUGGUUUUAAAGACAACUGAUUUAACUCCUAACACCAAAACACUCAUGAGAUGAAUCAGAACCUUGUUAGUGGAGUAAAAACGCUGUGCGAUGAAGCCCUUGAGGCAUGGAGCUGGGACAUGUCAAUUUACAUUGUGUGAAUAGAUACUGUACUGAUAUGAUCUUUUUUUUCAUGAAAUUCACUUAAAAAUAUAUUAUACUGUA